CAGUAGGCCCCAACACACUGAAUUCUCCUCCACUGAUAUCCAUGGAGCACAGUACGCAUCCAAUUACAUGCAGUCAUUCUCUACAGUGCAGAAUCAAGUGGGCCAUUCCUCUGAGUUGCAGCAUAAUCAUGAUUUACAAUCUCAAAAUUCUACGGGAUCUGUGAACUCAAUGUUGGAGCCAUACUCGGAUGUUGACAGUGCUUUUGUCACAAUGCCAGCAAUUCGUUACCAACAACGUUGUACACCUGUGCUGCCUGAGCCUGCAGUUCCUUCUGCCUCCUCACUUGCCAAUUUUGGUAAAAAACGUAGCUUAUUUGCGGCAAGCAGCAAUUCCCUUGGAUCCGGAUCCGGAUCCUCAGUGCCUCCGACCAAUCAAAUGUAUUCCCCGUUUCAGGAUCAGCGCCAUCAUCCCCAAGUUAUUCUGUCUAAUAUCCAAGGACAGCAAAGUGGUGUCUCAUUGCAACAGUGGUCCCGGGGUGUGCACAAUCAAAUCAGUAAACAUAAUCAAAGGAUGAUUACCCCUAAUCUGCGAGGGCAUAGUAACACAAGUUCUUGGGUAACUGAAGCGUCAAGUUCACGAGUUUCUACCUCCAGGGAGGCUAAGACUGCUCCUGGUUUAAGAAUACAAGAAGGAGCCAUUGUUCCGAAGAAUGAAGUACGAAGUAGUCGGGACAAGGGAAAAAGUCUUCAACGAACUUCAUCAACUAGUUCCGAACCUUCUGACGCGAUUAGGAGGAUUCUGAAUAUGAACCCUUCGCGGUUGGUUAGGCGUUCCAUCGCCGGCAGCCACGACUCUGGAAGGGUUACAAUUAUGAACAUCUACGAUCACCACUUUGAGUUACACAACUAA